AUGGCAGACAAGCCCAAUCGUCGGGUAAAGCUUUACACCUUGAAUGAGAACAAACAAUGGGAUUAUCUAGGCUCAGGGAACAUCACCUCAGUUGCCUCAGAAUCCCAGGGCCUGUUUCUGGUCGUUUGGUCGGAGUCCAGAGGCACGCAGAUCCUGGAGUCCGAGGUCCUCCCAGACACGCCCUAUCAGAGACAAAAAGACACAUUAAUUGUUUGGUCCGAGGCCGAGAACCACGGCAUGGCGUUGAGUUUCCGAGACUCGGAAAGUUGUUACGAGACCUGGGAAGCCAUUUGCCGUGUUCAAGGUCGAGACCCCUCUGUUAACGUCACACAAGACCUUUUAGAUGAUUUAGAAGAAGAAAUUGAUGAAACCCUAGAAACCGAUGAUUUGGAUGAACUGCCUAACUGUGAACUCAGUAAACUUAAACAGAUUGCUAACUUAGUUACCUCAGCCUUUGAUUCACCUCUCCGUAGGAGAAGGCUGGCUCUGGUCUUAGAAAAUGAGACUUAUAUUAAAAAACUACUGCAGAUGUUACAGUCCUGUGAGAGCGUAGGAUACACUGAAGGCUUAUACCAUUUGCAUACAAUUAUUAAAGGAAUAUUUUUCCUCGACAAGACAGCUCUGCUUGAUAUCUUGUUUUCUGAGGAGUGCAUCAUGAAUGUGAUAGGAUGUCUUGAAUAUGACCCUGCUUUGGAUCAGCCAAAAAAGCAUAGGGAAUUCUUGACCCAAAAUGCAAAUUUCAAGGAAGUUAUACCUAUAACAACCUGUAAACUUAGACAAAUAAUACAUCAGACAUACAGAGUACAGUAUAUUCAAGACAUUCUUCUCCCUACACCAUCAGUAUUGGAUGAGAAUUGUCUUUCUGCUCUUAAAACUUUUAUUUUCCUCAACAAGAUGGAGAUAAUUCACAUGCUGCAGUCAGAUGAUAAGUUUUUGCCUCAAAUAUUUGAACAGUUAAAGGACAAGACUAUUGAUAACGAUAAGCGGCAUGAAUUGUUAUUUUUUCUCAAGGAAUUUGGUGCAUUUGCUCAGAUAUUAAAGCCUCGAAGCAAGGAUGCACUAUUCAAAACAUUAACACAAAUGGGAAUUCUUCCCACUAUUAAAGUUAUAAUGAGCCUGGAUGAUUAUCAAGUAAAGUCAUCUGCUAUUGACAUAUUUGCUCAUCUGGUGGAGCAUAAUCCAUCAGUGAUCCGAGAAUUCCUACUAGAAGAAGAGCAGCAGAAUGAAAAAGGUAGCCUUCUCAUUAAUUUAAUCAUUAAACAAAUGAUCUGUGAUACUGAUCCUGAAAAAGCAGGUGCUUUACAUAUAAUGGGACUUCUUCGUUUUAUACUUGAUCCAGAAAACAUGAUAGCGAUGCCACAAAAAUGUGAAAGAAGUAAAUUUCUAAAUUUCUUUUAUAAACAAUGUAUGCAUAACAUAAUAGUACCACUUUUGGCCACUACAUCAGAAGAUAUAUUUGAAGAGGAUCAUAUACUUGGAGAUGACAUAAACAACAAAUAUUGCCUCCAUGAUUAUCAAACAGCACAGCUGCUUGGCAUAAUUUUAGAGCUGCUAACUUUUUGUGUGCAACAUCACACAUAUUACAUAAAAUACUAUAUUUUGCGAAAAGAUUUGCUGAGAAAUGUAUUGAUCUUGAUGAAGUCGAGACAUACUUUCUUAGUCUUAUGUGCUCUUCGCCUUAUGAGAAGGAUAAUUGGCCUUAAAGAUGAAGUUUAUAAUCGUUACAUCAUCGAGGGAAAUUUAUUUGAGCCAGUUGUAAACGCCUUUCUGAAUAAUGGAACUCGAUACAAUAUGUUGAAUUCGGCUGUUAUUGAACUGUUUGACUAUAUAAGAGAGGAAAAUAUCAAGCUUCUGCUUACACAUGUAGUUGAAAAAUUUUACAAAACACUUGAAUGGAUUGACUAUGUUCAGACAUUCAAAAAUAUGAAGAUUAAAUAUGAACAAGAAAAAGAGCGCAAGAGUCAAAAGAGUUUGAAUUCUCUGCAGAAUAGUAAGAGGGCCAGAGACGUGGAGAAGAAUGAAGUAUCUUAUAAAGGAGAUAAAGAAAAUUUAGAGGAAGGACAUUCAGGUAUGAGACCAAUGGAAAGUGAUUUUCAAGAUGAUUAUGAUAUAUCUAUGGAGAUUGAAAACACAACAGAAAAUGAAGACAAGGUGAAUGCUCCUAAAAGAACAUCUUCUGGUGACAUCAAAUUUACUUAUUCCCAUUCUGCUGGGGAUGCCAAUGGAACAGAUAACCCAAUGAGAUUAGUGGAUUAUUCGGAUGAUGAUGAAGAAGAAGAUAAGGAAGAUGAAGCGACGUUCAGGAAAAGACCACAUCUUAAUCCAUAA